GUCUCUCCUCAGCUGGGCAUCCGGAUCUCUCUGUCCCAUGAGAGGGAGCCUCUGGGAACAGCGGGGCCCCUGGCUCUGGCCCGGGAGCUGCUGACGGUGGACAACGAGCCGUUCUUCGUCCUGAACUCAGACGUGAUCUGUGACUUCCCCUUUCAAGAGAUGCUGCUGUUCCACCAGAACCACAAGAAGGAGGGAACCAUCGUGGUGACGCGGGUGGAGGAGCCCUCUAAGUACGGCGUGGUGGUGUUUGAGACGGACGGCGGCAGGAUUCAUCGUUUCGUGGAGAAGCCGCAGGUUUUCGUCUCCAACAAGAUCAACGCCGGCAUGUACAUCUUCAAUCCCAGCAUGCUCAGCAGGAUCCAGCUGAGGCCGACGUCCAUAGAGAAGGAAAUCUUUCCUGUGAUGGCGGAGGAGGGCCAGCUGUACGCCAUGGAGCUGCAAGGCUUCUGGAUGGACAUCGGUCAGCCUAAAGACUUCCUGACAGGGAUGUGCAUGUACCUUCAGUCGCUACGGCAACAGGCUCCGGAGAGGCUGCGCAUGGGGCCUGGUUUCCUAGGCAAUGUCCUGGUGGACCCGACCGCUCAGAUCGGGGAGAACUGCACCAUCGGCCCCAACGUGACGAUCGGGGCCGGCGUGGUCCUGGAGGACGGCGUGCGGAUAAAGCGCUGCACCGUGCUGAAGGGAGCGCGGGUUCGAUCCCACUCCUGGCUGGAGAGUUGCAUUGUGGGAUGGAGUUCCUCUGUCGGCCAGUGGGUCCGCAUGGAGAACGUGACGGUGCUCGGCGAGGACGUGAUCGUGAACGACGAGCUGUACCUGAACGGCGCCAACGUCCUGCCGCACAAAUCCAUCAACGACUCGGUGCCGGAGCCGCGGAUCAUCAUGUAGGAGGACCGCCGGCGCCUUCAGGACUCGAACGAACGAAACGCCAAAACUGUGCCAGCGCAGACUCUGAGGGACGGAGGAGAGAAUGAAGGAGAGCAGAGGGAGGGGAGGGCGGGGUUGUUGUGUCUUUUCUUUUUGUUUAGUUUAGUUUAGUUUGUGCGUGUUUCCAGCGCCGCUCGCCGAGCCGCCGUCACUCAGCCGUGAUGGAGGCAGGAGGCUGGAGGGCGGAGCUGAGAACACCUGGGCAGGUGGAGGGACCUUUACUGACACACAGAGAGAGAGAGAGAGUUCACUAUGCAUUUACUACCUUAACACUUCCUGAGCUGACUCGGACGACAGGGCCCUGCGCGGCGCGGUCGACCCCGCAGCGCACCGCUGUUGCUAUAGAAACAGGCGGUUGUGCUCGUGGUGUCGCCACGGUGACGUGACGGGUCCCAGCCGGCAGCUCAGGGGGGCCGUGCACACACCGGACCCGCCGGCAGCAAAACACAAAACACAACACAACAAACAAGGUGUGAUGCGGCUGUAGGGAGGGGAAGAGGGAAAAAGGGCGGCGUUGCUAUGACAACACGUGACAUCACACAGGCUUUUAUUUUACCGGAUCAUGUUCUGCUCCUUGAUCUGAAAUCAUGAAUCGUGUGGACGAUCAGACUGGCCAAUCACGGUGACCGCUUGUUUAGCAGCGUUGGUCCCGCCCCUUCUCUUCUGUGAUUGGUCGCUUUGUCCUUAAACUGACAGCAAAGUUAGAAUUAAAAAUAAAAUAACAAAAACCAGGCGUCUGUCCAAAGCGUGUUUACACCGGGAAACAAACAAACAAACCUGUGUGUGUGUGUGUGUGUGUGUGUGUGUGUGUGUGUGUGUGUGCACGGCCCUGCGUGCUGCGUUCCAGAGCUGCUGGAGGGUGGGAAAUUCCUGAUUCCUGCAAUAAAACUACACUUAGGGUUGAAGUUGAGCUUGGAAACUUGCAUUAACAUUUUAUUUUUGUAACACACUGACGGAGGGACGAUGCGCUGCACGCCGCCCUGCUCGUCACACAGCUACUUAUCAAAGACAGCAAUACUGUGAGCGUCAUCAGCCUUACAGACAAACAGGCCACCGCGUCUGUUUGUUUCCAUAGCGACCAGACCGCCAUGUCUGCACCAGUUAGCCACACGUCACAGUCCGGCCUCCUCCUCGUCGUUUUCUACUGGUUUUUCUUGUCUUUUCUUUUCUGCUGCCAGUUCAGCUUUUCCAGCGGGACUCAAACGUCUCAUGUUCCCAAAUGAUAAUUAAAAGAUAUCCGUGUUGUAGUGACCAUUUGCCUCCAGUAGGUGUCGCUGUUAGCUUGCUUGAUUAAUGGUAGUAAAUGCACCAGAUGCUUAUUUUUUGAAGACCCCAUGAUAAAGGACUCUUACUUUGUUGAUUUGAUGUUUUGGUCAAAAGAGCAAACCAACAGCAUCUCAGCUUGGGAGAGAGACACGCUUUUAUUUUGAAGGGACAGGUGGAUGAGAGGGCAUGUUUACAGAUGUGUGAAGGUUUUCAUUGGUUGAAAUUUUAAUUUACAGCCACCGGCGCAGGAUGAUGUCACUGUUUGACAGGAAAUAGAGGUCAUGUGAGGUCGUUUCAUGCGGGCUUUAAUCAUGAUUCAGAAUGCCGUGAAUGAUCAAUCAGAGCCAUUUAAUAAAGUUUUAUCAUGUUUGUAA